UAUUUGUAUUUUUCCUAGUUGGCAUGCCCUCGAUGUGGUUUUGGAUUUGUGGAUGGCUUCUAGUUGUUUUAACAGUGAUUGGAAAUGGACUGGUAAUUUACCUGGUCGCCACCAGGUCUCGCCUUCACACCACAGCAAACUGGUUUAUCCUGUCCCUAGCCGCGGCUGAUUUAUGCUGUGGACUAUCCUUCUUUCCUCCGUUGUUUGGAGCCAAGUUCGGUUUUUACACGAUUGAUCUCACCCACGCUGGCGUCUUUUUCAAAGUCAGCUUCACCUUCUUUUAUUGCUCGAACGCCAGUGUCUGCGCAAUGACGGUUGAUCGUCUCCUUGCAAUCACAAAGCCCCUCAGGUAUGUCUCUCUGAUGACGACAGAAACCAUCCGGAUUUUGAUUCUCGCUGCGUGGAUAACUCCACUUCUGCUCUUUGGCUUCCCCGCCAUUUUUAUGUACAGAGGCAACCCAGGGUACACCAUGUUCGUGGAGUUUUCCAGAGUGAUAAUCUUUCAGAUCUCUCCCCUCGUGAUGUUUCUCAUAGCCACAUGUCACCUGCUACACCUUGCCCUGAAAUCCCACCGCCAAACGAAAGCCUUGGUCGCGCAGGUUCAGUUCAAUCACGCCUCUGGUGAAGCUAACAUCCAAGUGCCUUCUCCAAGAACAAACGCCAGAGCUUCUAUCGUUCUCAUCGUCCUGAUCAUGACGUUCUUUAACGUCACCUACCUUGGAGGGAAUUACCGGUGCAUUUGUCUACUCACCGACAGUUGCCCUGUCACUGGCACUCUGAUGUAUAUCAUCUACCUUGUCCUGAUCGCUAACAGCGCGGUCAAUCCAAUCUUCUAUGCAUUUCUCAAGAAGGACAUUCGGCGGGAACUUCGUUGCAUGUUCUCAAGUUAAUUAGGUCAUUAAAGGAGCUCAGUAAUAGUUUACUAAGACAAACAAAAAAAAA